CAGAGGGAAGAGGCGGACAUGCCCGCGGCAAAACCAGCGGCCAAAAAGGCCCCCCUCAAAGGCAAAGAUGCUGCCAAACCGGCUCCCAAGGAGGCGCCCCCCAAGGAAGAGCCCCCCAAAGAGGCUCCCGCAGAAGCCCCCAAAGAGGCCCCACCUGAGGACCAGUCUCCCAUCACUGAAGAACCUUCUGGAAUGUUUCUGAAGAAGCCAGACUCUGUGUCGGUGGAGACUGGGAAGGAUGUGGCGAUCUCAGCCAGAGUUAACGGGAAGGAGCUCCCGGGCAAACCCUCCAUCAAGUGGUUCAAGGGAAAGUGGCAGGAACUGGGCAGCAAGACCGGAGCCCGGUUCUCCGUGAAGGAGUCGCACGACGCUGCCAGCAACGUCUACACCGUGGAACUGCACAUUGGGAAGGUGGUGCUGGGGGACCGUGGGGAUUACCGCCUCGAGGUCAAAGCCAAGGAUGUCUGUGACAGCUGCAACUUCAGCAUUGAUGUGGAGGCUCACCGUGAGGACUCGGGGCCGGACCUGGAGAACUUCAAGCGAACGGGCGAAGGGAAGACAGAAGAUGCGGGUGAGCUGGAUUUCAGCAGCCUGUUGAAGAAGAGGGAGGUGGUGGAGGAAGAGAAGAAGAAGAAGAAGGAUGACGAUGACCUGGGCAUCCCGCCGGAGGUCCUGGAGCUCCUGAAAGGGGCCAAGAAGAGUGAGUAUGAGAAGAUCGCCUUUCAGUACGGCAUCACCGACCUCCGGGGCAUGCUCAAGAGACUCAAGAAGGCGAAGGUGGAGGUGAAGAAGAGUGCAGCCUUCACCAAGAAGCUGGAGCCGGCCUAUCAAGUGGACAGGGGCAACAAAGUCAAGCUGGUGGUGGAGAUCAGUGACCCGGACCUUCCCCUGAAGUGGUACAAGAACGGUCAGGAAAUCAAGCCCAGCAGCAAAUACGUGUUUGAGAAUGUUGGGAAGAAACGGAUCCUCACCAUCAACAAGUGCACGCUGGCUGAUGACUCUGCCUACGAGGUGGCCGUCAAUGACGAGAAGUGUUUCACCGAGCUCUUCGUCAAAGAACCUCCCAUCCUGAUUGUGACACCUCUGGAGGACCAGCAGGUGUUUGUGGGUGAUCGGGUAGAAAUGGUGGUCGAGGUAUCGGAAGAAGGGGCGCAGGUUAUGUGGAUGAAGGACGGUGUGGAGAUGACCCGGGAGGACUCAUAUAAGGCACGCUACCGCUUCAAGAAGGACGGGAAACGCCACAUUCUCAUCUACUCCGAUGUGUCCCUGGAAGACGGGGGCCGCUACCAGGUCAUAACCAAUGGUGGCCAGUGCGAGGCCGAACUCAUUGUGGAAGAGAAGCAGCUGGAGGUGCUGCAGGACAUCGCAGACCUGACCGUGAAGGCCUCGGACCAGGCCGUUUUCAAGUGUGAAGUGUCGGACGAGAAGGUGACGGGCAAGUGGUACAAGAAUGGCAUCGAGGUGCGGCCCAGCAAGAGGAUCACCAUGUCCCAUACAGGGAGGAUCCACAAACUGGUGAUCGAUGACGUCCGGCCUGAAGAUGAAGGCGACUACACCUUCGUGCCUGAUGGCUACGCCCUGUCCCUCUCAGCCAAGCUCAACUUCCUGGAAAUCAAGGUGGAGUACGUGCCCAAACAAGAGCCACCGAAGAUCCACCUGGACUGUUCAGGGAAGACCUCGGAAAAUUCGAUCGUGGUCGUGGCAGGCAACAAGUUGAGGCUGGAUGUGGCCAUCACAGGGGAGCCUCCUCCGGUCGCCACCUGGCUGAGGGGGGAUGAGGUGUUCACAGCCACCGAGGGCAGGACCCGUGUGGAGCAGAGGGUGGACACCAGCAGCUUUGUGAUUGAGAGCGCCGAGCGGAAGGAUGAGGGCCGCUACACGAUCAAGGUCGCCAACCCUGCUGGCGAGGAUGUGGCCUCCAUCUUCGUGCGUGUCGUGGACGUCCCAGACCCCCCAGAGGCCGUGCGUGUCACCUCUGUUGGCGAGGACUGGGCCAUCCUUGUAUGGGAGCCACCCAAGUAUGAUGGGGGACAGCCAGUGACAGGGUACCUCCUGGAGCGGAAGAAGAAGGGUUCACAGCGCUGGAUGAAGCUGAACUUUGAAGUGUUUACGGAGACGACCUACGAGUCCACCAAGAUGAUUGAGGGUGUCCUAUACGAGAUGCGGGUCUUCGCUGUCAAUGCUAUCGGGGUUUCCCAACCAAGCAUCAACAGCAAACCCUUCAUGCCCAUUGCACCCACAAGCGAACCACAGCACCUGACGGUGGAGGAUGUGACCGACACCACCACCACCCUCAAGUGGAGGCCCCCCGACAGGAUUGGGGCAGGCGGCAUCGAUGGGUACCUGGUGGAGUACUGUCUGGAGGACUCUGAGGAGUGGAUUCCUGCCAACACCCAGCCAGUGGAGCGCUGUGGCUUCACGGUCAAGAAUCUCCCGACGGGAGCCAGAAUCAUCUUCCGGGUGGUGGGAGUCAACAUCGCGGGGCGCAGCGAGCCCGCCACCCUGCCCCAGCCUGUCACCGUCCGGGAGAUUGUGGAGCAGCCCAAGAUUCGCCUCCCACGCCACCUCCGUCAGACCUACAUCCGCAAGGUUGGGGAGCCCAUCAACCUGGUUAUCCCUUUCCAGGGAAAGCCACGACCCCAAAUAGUGUGGACCAAGGGCGGAGCGCCCCUGGACUCGAGCCGCGUGAACGUGCGCACCAGCGACUUCGACACCAUCUUCUUCGUGCGCCAGGCGGCGCGCGGGGACUCGGGCGAGUACGAGCUGAGCGUGCAGAUCGAGAACAUGUGCGACACAGCCACCAUCCGCAUCCGCGUCGUGGAGAAGGCGGGACCUGCGGAGAAUGUGAUGGUGAAGGAGGUGUGGGGCACCAAUGCACUACUGGAGUGGCAGCCCCCCAAGGAUGAUGGCAACAGCGAGGUCACGGGCUACUUCGUGCAGAAAGCCGACAAGAAGACCAUGGAAUGGUUUAACCUCUAUGAGCACAACCGGCCCACGCGUUGCACUGUGUCGGACCUCAUCGUGGGCAACGAAUACUAUUUCCGCGUCUUCAGUGAGAACAUCUGCGGGCUUAGUGACACCCCAGGCGUCUCCAAGAACACGGCCCAGAUUCUGAAGACAGGUAUCACCCUCAAACCGCUUGACUACCAGGAGCACGACUUCCGGAUGCCCCCCAAAUUCCUGACACCUCUGCCAGACCGGGUGGUAGUGGCUGGUUACUCUGCUGCUCUCAACUGUGCCGUCAGGGGCCACCCGAAGCCCAAGGUGGUCUGGAUGAAGAACAAGAUGGAGAUCCGGGAAGACCCCAAGUUCCUGAUAACCAACCACCAGGGAGUGCUGACGCUGAACAUCCGGCGUCCCUGCCCAUUCGACUCAGGGACCUACUCGUGCCGCGCAGUGAAUGAGCUGGGCGAAGCGCUGGCCGAGUGCAGACUGGACGUCCGAGUUCCACAGUGAAGAGCCCACCGAGCCUUAACGAAGCC